AUGCCUGUCAUCUACAGCGAGCCCCUGCGUCCCCUCCUCUCCGCCCGCGAUGGCGACGACGACGGCGAUGGAGGCUUCCACAUGCCCGGCACGGUGAUGGCCAUCAUCAUCGUCUGCGUUUUGGUGUUCGUCGGCGGCCUCGGUCUCUGCUGUUGCUGCUGCCGCCGCCGGAAGCGCAAGGGAAGCUCCGGCAGUGGCAAGGACGAUGGCAGCGGCAGCAACAACAACGGCGGCUUCGACCCGACGAAGUGGAUCAAGAAGGCCGUGAAGAAGACUACAAAGAAGAUCAAGAAGAUGUUCAUGAAGAAGAACAAGAACAAGAAGGAGAAGGACGCCACUGCCAACGAAUCAGUUCCGUACGGUCAGGGCACGCACCCCGGUUUCGGAGACAACGAGAGAGGAUACAACAGACUUGAUGCGCACGCGGAGGAGGAGACCGUUGGAAUGACGUCGCCUUAUGGCCAGAGGAAUUGA